UGGGGUCAGUCUCGCUUCAGCCGCCGUAGAGUAAGGGUGGCAGAGCGGAGUUGAGGAAGCUAAGUCUGAGCGAAGUCGUGCGUGCGUUUCUCUUGUUCUCUCUCUUUUAAAAAAUCAUUAACUUUGAAUUCCUGCAAACUGUUAACAUUCCCGACGGUGUAAAAGGAUACAAUGGUCUAAAGGCUUUGUAUUAUUACAUGUAAUUCUUGAAAAUCUUAGAGCAGGAGUGAGAUAAUUAAGGUUUUAACGAGACGCAACUUUUAGCAAAUAUUCGGAAAGACCAGUGAAGGAAAGAAAAUAAAAUAGAAUUAUCCUUAAAAUCAUGAAUAUUUCGAGUGCCUCCUUCGUGACCUGACCUUUUGACCUCAAGGGCAGAAAUAUAGAAAUAAAAAAAAAGAUGGACUGUUUGAAAUAUUAGGGAAAAAAAAAGAGACUAACUUCGUGACUUUAAUUAAGCCAAAAGUGACCUCGUGGUGGAGUCAUCUGGCGGUGACCUGACCCUCACUCUCCCGCCCCUGACUUGCCGCGGGCGUGAUGAGGGCGGCGCGUGAGUGACCAUCCCUCCCGCCAACCCUCCCGCCCACACCUCCGAGAAGGUCUCCCCGCCCCUUCACUCUCAGAGAUGCAGCCUCCAAGGGUCGGCGGAGGAAGCAAGGCAGGUCGGCCGGUAGUGAUGGUGGCGGCAGCUGCUUCCAUCAUGCUGUGUCUUUUACCUAAGCUGUCGUCUUGCACGCCUGCCCCGCCCACCACCCCCACAGCGACGCCCACAGAAGACGUGGCAGAACCUCAAUGGAUCCCGACAGGAGGAGGUGGAGGAGGCGGAGGAGGAGGAGGAGCAAAGGUAGAAGCGGAAAUGGGAGGACCAACAGCAGCAGGGAGAAGAGAAACAGCAUCAGCAUCAGGAGGAGGAGGAGGAGGAGGAGCACCAACAGGAGGAAACAUAAUGAUGACACACGAGGAGGCGAUGAAAGAGGUACUAGCGGAGGUGAGACAAGGCCAGGUGAUGCUACAAGGCCUACCUGGAUAUGUACCUGGCCAUAACGUGGUACCUGGAAACGGUCAGAUGCCAGGCUCAAUACCAGGCCGGCUUCAAGGACCUCUACCGGGACAAAUACCAGGGGGACUGCAAGGAGUACUACCAGAACAGGGGCAAGCCACAGGGGAGCCGAACUUGGAUUUAAGUCACAUCCUCCCUGAGUUGAACUUAGAGAACAACACUGUGACGGAAAUAAACGCCAAUGUAGGGGACGUGGCUCACCUGCCGUGCCGCUUCCCUCAGCUGUCAACCCUGCACCAGAAGGCGUUUCUGCUCCUACAAGUGUCGUGGAUCAGGAGGACAGACUUUCACAUCCUCACCACGGGCGUCUACACGUACACCACGGACAUGCGCUUCAGUGUGCUGCAUCCCGAAGGCACGGACGACUGGACACUGCAGAUCAAGUACGCGGAGGAGAGAGACAACGGAACCUAUGAGUGUCAGAUGUAUACAGGGACGGGCGUGCUCUCCCAGUUCGUUAAUCUGCACGUAAACCGCCCACGUGCAGCCAUCUUGGGGCCGCAGGAGCUUCACGUACAGGAGGGGGACACCAUCACCCUCGUGUGCGUCAUUCAGCAGCAGGGCAAGCCUCCCUUCGUGUUCUGGUACCACGGGGAGAAGAUGGUCAACUACGACGGCAGCAGGAACCGUCUGAGUGUGAUGACCAAGGUGGAGGGGACGAGGACUCACUCACGACUGACCAUCACAGACGCCAGGAGCUGGGACUCUGGUAAUUACUCCUGCAUCCCGCCUAACGUGGAGCCUUCCUUCGUCAUCGUCUUCGUCACAGAAGCAGGAGACACCGUGGCGGCAGUACAGCGGCGGGGUCACUCCUCCGCCCCGCCCCUCCUCUGCCCCUCCUUCUGCUCCUCCACCUCCGGGCUCCUCCUCGCGGUGGUCUUCAAGGUCGUCCUCACCCACCUCCUCCCCGUCAGAUGAUUCCACGGGCUUGCAAUUUAAAGGGAGAGAAAAUGUCCCUUUACUACCCUGAGAGAGAGAGAGAGAGAGAGAGAAAGAGAGUUUGUUUUGGGUUAGCAUUAUUCAUUUGCGACUUUUCACGAACAUUCCAUUAGUCUCCCACGAGCAGGGAAGGACGCACGUAUAUGCAAAUGAUAAUUAUUCUCCAGGCACAACAGGGGCCAUGCAUGCUUGCAAUACUACCGAGCAUGCGUACUGCGUCACCACCACCAUCACCACCACCGCCAACACCACCACCACUACCGACAACAAGGGAACUGUGUGUGUGUGUGUGUGGUGGCUAUGUCAACACACACACACACACACACACACACACACACACACACACACACACACACACACACACACAGUCACGCAUGUACACUCAAAUAUGGAAUGCAAACAGGACAUUCAGUAAAAAAGAGGAGGAAGAGGAGGGGAAAGAAGAAAAGGAUGUUUAUUGGUGUUUCAGGAUUAUUGACAGCUAGAGAAUAGGAAAAGAGGAAAUAUCAAAUAAAGAGGAGACAAGAAAUACUCUCUCUCUCUCUCUCUCUCUCUCUCUCUCUCUCUCUCUCUCUCUCUCUCUCUAGCUCUCUUUGCAACUCGCUUGAAGAAACCAUAAGAAGACGAAAACAAUGUUGAAACUUCUUCGCUUCUGUGACGAAUUCGACUUCGGAGGAAAACAAAACGAAGGAAAAUAUCGAAGAACUGGAAUGGAAAAAGAAAAAAGAGGAAAAAAGGAAAACAAAUACAGAAGUGUGUAGAAGAAUGAGUGAUGAAGGAAUGGAUGUUUUCUGUUUUCUUGACCUGAACAAGCUUGGAGGAAGGAAAAAAUGAAAGAAAAACGAAAAACAGAAGAAAAUUAGUCCUUCCUUUUCAGAAAAUACUGGUGAUAUACAUAGAGUUUUUUUUUUUUUUCCAAAGUGGUGUCCGUUUUCUGUUCCCUAGUGAUGGUGGAGAAAACGAUGGAGGACUAUGAUAAAUAAAACAAGUGGUAAAUAAAGAAAAGAGUGUUUUCGAAUGCGUUGAUAGUGCAGUGGUGUAUGAUAUUUGUAUGAGACUUGCGGACGUGUUUCGGGGAUUCACUUUUGGAAAAUAACUCUACACAGAUUUUUCGCAAUGUGUGUGUGUGUGUGUGUGUGUGUGUGUGUGUGUGUGUGUGUGUGUGUGUAAAUACCAGAUUGACUUUUGUAUCUAGUUUCUCGAAUUCUCAGAGAGAGAGAGAGAGAGAGAGAGAGAGAGAGAGAGAGAGAGAGAGAGAGAGAGAGAGAGAGAGAGAGAGAGAGAGAGAGAGAGAGAGAGAGAGAGAGAGAGAGAGAGAGAGAGAGAGAGAGAGAGAGAGAGUAUAGUAUAACUGAAGUAACAUGGCCUUUGAACACAUGAAAAAAAAAAAAAAAUCUGGCCUAAUUUUUCGUCACCACAACCAGAGAAUCUUUACAUGAAAAUACAGGAAUAAUUUUUUUGGUGAAUCAAUGUAUAGAAAAACAGGAAAAAAACGAAGGACAAUCGCAAACAAAUA